AAGACGAGACUGGCUUCCAGAGGGGAUGAGUAAUACAAGAUCACCGGGUGAUCUCCAUGAUGUACUCUCAGUCUCAGAAACCAGGUACAGUAGGGCGGUAUUACAGCUAAAGGAGCUGAAUGAUGACUUGAAGAAGAAAAAGCAGGAGCUCAAAGAGAUGUUAAGUCCCCUGGAAGGAGAAAAUGGCAUUUUAUUCCAGAAACUAAUGAUAAAUCUGGAGGAAAAGCAAAGGAGUUUGCAGAUCAUGGCACGGAUCGUGGCGGGCAAGGAAGAUGAUUCUGAUGACCCCUUGAUCCAUUCGCUGGAGAUGAUCGAAGAAGCAGAGUUGCUGAAGCAGAACCUGGAAAAGAGGAAUGAAAUGCUGAGAAAAGAAAUGGAAAUGCUAUGGAGCAAGGAUCAUCAGCAAGAUGAAUACAGUGACCUUCUGAAACAGCUGCUUCACAAGAACAAGGAUGAAAUACAGGUGUUACGCGCACUAGCACAGAUGGAAACUAGAUCAGCGUGAGACCCUGUGCGAUUUGGACAUUCUCAGACAACAGCAAUCUAAUCCAACUCCCUUCCCUUUACCCCACAAAUACUUGGAGGGCUGGGUUGCUGUAAACACAGAACUUGACUGAC